UACGCCUGCUAUGCCAUUGGCAAAGAUGUUCAAGCCAUGAAGGCUGUCGUUGGGGAAGAAGCACUAAGCCCAGAGGAUCUUCUAUAUCUGGAAUUCCUCACUAAAUUUGAGAAGACAUUUAUCUCUCAGAGUGCAUACGAGAAUCGCAGCGUAUUUGAUUCUUUAGAUAUCGGCUGGGAGCUACUCCGCAUAUUCCCGAAGGAACUUCUUAAGCGAAUACCUGCAAAAACUCUAGAUAAGUAUUAUCCACGCCAAGUUAGGCGCUAG